GGCGCCGUGGACAUGGAAGCGGCAAGGAAAGCGAGUCGUCUAUGAGCGCCGGCGACGAGGACGAGUUUAUACUAGUGAAAUUGGCUGAAAUCCGGAAGGAAGUCCAGUGCCCUAUUUGUUUAGGCAUUAUCCGAAAGACAAGAACGGUUAUGGAAUGUUUGCACCGAUUCUGCAGGGAUUGCAUUGAUAAAUCUAUGCGGCUCGGAAAUAAUGAGUGCCCGGCAUGCCGCACUCAUUGUGCAAGCAGGCGUUCUUUAAGGGACGAUCCUAAUUAUGAUGCACUGAUUGCAACCUUGUACCCCGAUAUUGACAAGUAUGAGGAAGAGGAAUUUGCUUUCGGUGAAGAGGAAAAGACUCGGAAUAAGAAGAUUCAAGCAACCAUUGAGGAAACGAUUCGAAAACAGUCAGAGGCCAUGGGUAAGAAAUGUUCCACAGCAAAAGCCACUGCCACUGCUUUUGCAAGGAAGUACAGAAGAAAUAUGCGAACACGUGGGAGAGGUAGAACUGUUGCUCGUGAUAUUGUCCUUACUGUCUCCGAUAAUGAGGAUAGAGAAGAAGUAAAUGCUAAUGAUGCCAGCAAAGAGUCGUCUUCUGCUGAUAACCACUCUCCAGAUUUAAAGCAGAAAAGAGGUAGAAAGAGGCCUCCACCACUACCUUCUCCUGAUAGAACCAUUGCCAGUAGUGACCAUGGAUCUGAGGAGAAUGAUGAACCAGUAUCUGUUAAAGAAAAUUUCACGAGCUCUCCAUUGCGGGGGGAGAUGCUUGCAUGGGGAAAAAAUGGCACACGAAGCCAAAUUCGACAUGGCAAUGUUGGUGGCUUAAAUUGCAGACUGGGAAAGGGCGGACGUGUUGCGAAGUUGGUGGAGCACCUCCGUACAACUGAUGAAAUGGAUAAAGAGUUCAAUUUGUAUCUUGUUCUCCUUCCUCUUGAUGGAAAAGCAACACCUGAAUUGGAAAAGCCCUACCUAAGUUGUCGACCAACUGUAUCAAUUCGACAUCUCGUACAGCUAAUUGCUCUCCAGUUGUCUCGGCAAGUUGAAGAACUUGAGAUCUAUAUGAGGAUGGACCUCCACAAUAGAGGUGUUGCAACAGACUCAAGUUCUGCUGAGACAAAUCCGCGGCUAUUUGAUGCCUUGGAAAGAUUGAGGGGAGAUAAGCUUCUUUCUGAUCUUCGCCUGUCAUUUGCCUCUGGUCGCAACGAUGUGGAAUUGUUAUAUGCUUUGAAAACUCGAGACUAGAUCACUUUUGUGGCGGCACUUUUCAUCAUCAUCAAUUUGUUGGGUCACUGCUGGUAUUAUGUUGGGUCUGCUUCUGGAUAAGGGCUGUCUGUGAAAAGCACUGGAUGUGCAAAAUGGUAGAUCCUUUUUUUUCCUACGAGUUCUUGUUUAGAUUGGUGUACUUUCUUUGUAAUAUAUAGCUAGAUUUUCAUGGUGUUAGUACCGUUGGGUCAAUAAUAUCAGUGAUAGUUUUAAAUUAGUAAAUUAUAAGCGGUCUCCUAUUGGUUAAUCAUUGAGACGUGUUCAUUUAUACCAGCUCAUGGGAUCAUAGAAAUUGGAAGCUAAUAUUGAUACAGAAA